GUCUAUGUAUAUUUUGGAGAGAAAUAUCACUGGAAUCUGAACCAGACAGUUUCUGAUCUUCUUUUCGGAGGAUCUCUCGGAGAAGACAGCCAAGAACAAUCCUGUUUAGUGAAUUUUAGAUGGCUGGAGUUGUGCGAUUAACGACGACGUCGGUUCAGGCUCUUCGCGUAUCCUCCUCAUUCACAUCCUUUGCCACCGCUCUUAAUCCUCUGCAACCUUGCUUACCUCCAAAUUCGAAUCUGAAUUCCGACAAGAGAUUGCGUCUACUCUCAUCUUCUCCCUCGUGCUCGUCUUCUCAUUACCACCCAUAUUCUGGUCUCGGAAGCCAUAUCCCCCUUAGACGACCCAAGAGCCAUGUGGUUCGUGUCAAGGUAGAUGAAAAUGUAGCAGAGACAGAGCCACCAAAAUGGUGGGAGAGGAAUGCUCCAAACAUGGUUGACAUUCAUUCUACUGAAGAAUUCUUGAGCGCUUUAAGCGGAGCGGGCGAAAGAUUAGUCAUUGUAGAGUUUUAUGGAACUUGGUGUGCUUCUUGCAGAGCAUUGUUCCCAAAGCUUUGCAAGACAGCGGUGGAACAUCCCGAUAUAGUGUUUCUCAAAGUAAACUUUGAUGAGAAUAAACCAAUGUGCAAGAGUUUGAACGUGAGAGUGCUUCCUUAUUUCCACUUUUACCGAGGAGCUGAUGGCCAGCUUGAGUCCUUCUCAUGUUCUCUUGCUAAGUUUCAGAAGAUAAAAGAUGCCAUUCAACUACACAAUACCGAUCGUUGCAGCCUCGGUCCAUCCAAAGUACCUGAAGGAUUAACCUUAGCCAAACCAGCUGGGUCAAGUUGAAGUGCCAGACUUUUAGAUUUUUACUACUGUAACAAUCUUUGGUUGCUCAAGCAAAUACUCAGCUUAAAGUUCUGUAUAUCUGUCAUAUUUUUUGGUGUAAAAGAAUACUUCCUGAAGCCGGUUACUAUUCUUCUGCUAAUAGUGGAUUGCAAAUGUAUUCUCACUACUACUGGUCUCUAUUGCUUUAAAGCAAAAUCUUAUUGAUGUAUAUGCAUGUGUGAUAUUAGAUAA